AUGGCUUCCCAAGAUGCAUCUGAUCUCCCCACUCACGAGAAAUUACAAGGUGGACCACAAGGCAAACCCAACGAUGAUGCUGAAACAUCAUGGGAUGCAGUGCUUCCCUACACUGGUCUGCUUGGUCGUGAAGAUGAAUCAGUAGAUCUCUUCUCAUUUGUAACAAACGACGUUGAACCAAGAAAUGGGCAAUUUGAUCCCAAACAAUGGCCACCUACCAGAGCAGGUCUGAGGCUAUUACUCGACCAUUUGCAAAAAAUUGCCAUCCAGCAUGGCAGUGAUUUCAACGUGGACAUUUCCAAAGGCUGGUUGCUGUGCAAACGAUGUAGAAAGAACUACACCGAGAAGAAUAAGCAAUCCGAUGAAGAUGGUGAACCAACAAAAGCCCGAGCUAUCCACACUUCAAAGGACAACACUUCAGAGAACAAUAAGGUUUGCAAAUGUCGAAUACGAAUGUUAAUUCAUAAGCCGGAUAAGCCUGACGGGUAUAUCUAUGUCUCCUGUAGGGGAGUCAAGUGUCACAAGUACCAUCCCAGAGAAGACAGUAAGCAAUUUUCUGUCAACCUAAAUCAGCUCCUCGUGGAUCAGCAAACAAAAAAUCUACGGAACCAAUCGCGAGACGACAUUCAAAAGAAGGCAAUGAAUAUCCACCGGCUUUGCGGCACCAAUCAGAAGAGCGCCAAUAUAGUGGUAGCAACCAUGGCUGAGCUUGAACGGUUCCUCAAUCAACAAAAGAACAUCGCCGCCGCAAAAGCACAACAAGCUCGGAAGCGUGAAGCCGAUAGUGCGGCUGCCCUACUCACAAUACGAAAAACCCAAAAAAAGGCAAGGAAAGAGGAAAAACACCGAUAG